AUGGAAGAUAAACGCGCCCAGACCUUGGACGCCCUGGAGGCGUACAUCCAAACUCAAACCGCGCUCCUCCAGAGGACUCUCUCCGACAUAGAAUCCCUCAAGAACUUGCGUCGCGAAAUCCAGUCAUCCACCGGAACAGACGCGCUCGAGCUUGUCUCACAACGCGCUCAUGAUGACUCUAUGCGCCUCAGCGCGCGCACCGACUGCAUCGGAACCGUCCCUGAAGGCAUCAGAUGGGAUGCGUUCAAGAAUCGUGACCUCGCCCCCGUCCGAGCAGUCGCGACCGCGCACGCGGAGGAAACGAAUCGACUCAAUAAUCCCUCCGCUCCUCAAUCCAGCCCGUCCUCCCUCCAACUUCUCGUCCGAUCCUCCCGCACCGCCCUCCUCGAUCCCGUCCUCUCCGGGCUGCACAUCACCCCUCCCUCGUCCGACGAGGAAGAAGACCCGGCGGAAGCCGCCGAACGCCUGCGCAAGGAGAUCGAGCGCCAGAAGAUCCGCGAGCUGAAGCAGCGCCGGCUCUUCGGCGAGCAUUCUGGAGGUGGCCUGCGCCCGCGUGGCCCGAGUGGGGUCUACGUCCGUCGCGACGUCGAGGAUGAGAGCGGGGAAGUGGACAUCGGGAUCGACGCGAAGGACGGCGUUGAUCCGACGGGGGGAAGCGCGCCUGAUGGUGACGCCAUGCAGGUUGACGAAACUACGCCUAGUGUCGGCACUGCGCGACAGCACGGGCGUACGGAUACUGUUCCUCUUCAAGCGGUCACCGCACCCUCCGUCCCAGUGCCCGCGGCGCGUACUCGUAGACCGACCAAGAAGGCCGAGCCCCCGUCUUACCCGACGACAUUCAAACGCGGGCAGCCCAAACCGCCAUCGACGACCACGAAACAGAAGGUCAAGGUAGAAUCAGACUCUGUCUUGGAAGAUGCGGAUACGGACGUGGACGGAGCACAGAAGGACCCCGAAAGCGAGGCGCAGACGAACUCGAAGGCAAAAGGUAAAUUUAAGACCAACAACAAGACAGAAAAGCCGGGGAAACCAAAGCCCGAGACGUACAAGCAAGCUUGGAGUGUUGAAGAACAGCACGAGCUCGAACGCCUGCUCGAGGAAAUCCCCGCUGGCGAGAAGAAUAGGUGGCAGAAAAUUUCUCGAGCGAUGAACGGCAGGCGAACUCCUCGACAGGUCGCCAGCCGCGUACAGAAAUACUUCGAAAAGUUGAAGAAGUUCGGAAUAGACGCUGACGGAGUUGGUCGCUAA